UAAUGCCUGGCAUCUCUAUAAAUUGGAAUCGGGUCUUGGUUUGGUUGAAUUGGGAACGGCUCUUGGUUUACUUGACCCAUUCCAUUUUUAAUGGCGGAAUUGGGAACGGCCCACCUCGCCUCCGUGUUCUUCUCCUUCGCCGCCGUGUUCGUGGUCUUCUCCCUGCUGUUGCUGCUCCUGUGGAGGCGUCCGGGCUGCUGCAGCUGCCACGUGUGCCGGGCGUACCUUAGCGGCUCCUGGGCGACGGAGUUCGACAACCUCGGCGACUGGUACACGCACCUGCUGCGCGCCUCGCCCACGGCCACCAUCCACCUCCACGUGCUCGGCAACACCGUGACGGCCAACCCGGACAACGUCGAGUACAUGCUCCAGACCCGGUUCGCCAACUUCCCCAAGGGCAAGCACUUCGCCGCCGUCCUCGGCGACCUCCUCGGCCAUGGUAUCUUCAACGUCGACGGCGACGCCUGGCGCUUCCAGCGCAAGAUGGCCAGCCUCGCCGUCGGCAGCGUUUCCUUACGCGCGUACGCCGCGGGGGUUAUUGAUGAAGAGAUUUCCCGCGGUGUGACGCAACGCCUCUGCUCGGUCGCCGACGCCGGCGGGGCCGUCGAUCUGCAGGACUUGUUUCGAAGGUUCGCGUUUGAUACUAUUUGCCGGAUUUCAUUUGGGCUCGAAAGGGGAUGCCUCGAGCUGCCUGUGCCGAUGGAGGAGUUCGUGGCGGCGUUCGACGCUGCCUCGCGGCUGUCGGCGAUGAGAGGCGCCGCGGCGGCGCCGGUGGUGUGGAAACUGAAGAGGCUGCUGAACAUUGGGUCGGAACGAGAGCUGCGUCGUGCGGUCGGGAUGAUCGACGGGCUGGCCAAGGAGGUGAUCAAGCAGAGGCGGAAAAUAGGAUACGCCGGCGGCCACGACCUCCUCUCUCGGUUCAUGAGCUCAGUGAAGGACGACGAUGAGUACCUCCGCGACAUCGUCGUCAGCUUCCUCCUGGCUGGCCGGGACGCCGUCGCUUCCGGGCUCACCGGCUUCUUUCUUCUCCUUACGCGCAACCCACGGGCGGCGGCGCUUGUGCGGAAGGAAAUAAACGCCGGAUCCGGUCGGAACUACGUGAAGGCAGCGAUCCACGAGAGCCUUCGACUGUUCCCUCCGGUGCAGUUCGACUCCAAGUGGUGCACCGACGACGACGUGCUGCCGGACGGCACCUUCGUAAGGAAGGGCACGCGCGUGACGUACCAUCCGUACGCCAUGGGGCGGAUGGAAAGCAUCUGGGGCGCCGACUGCGGCGAGUUCGUUCCGGAGAGGUGGCUUCGCGGCGACCAGUCGGCGUUUGCAGCAGAGAGCCUCUUCAAGUACCCUGUUUUCCAGGCAGGGAGCAGGGUGUGCCUCGGCAAGGAGCUCGCGCUCAUGGAGAUGAGGAAGGUGGUGGUCGCCGUGCUGGGCCAAUUCGACGUCGAGGUGGUGGACGCGGACCGGCCGGUAAAGUUCGCCCCGGGACUGACCGCGACGUUUAGCGGCGGGGUGUGGGCGCGGGUGAAGCGGCGGGUGGCGGCGCCGCUGCCUACUGAUCAAUUAACUCUGGCGUAAUUUUUUUAUUGGCUAUAUUUUUCUAUAAAUGUAUUGUCUAUAAAUAACGGCGUGAUUUGACCAGGGGAAAAAUGACUAUGAACCAAAGCCUAAUCUUUGAACUAGCAAUUUGCCUUU